AUGACGUCGCAAGCAACAUCAUUCCAAGACUUGGUACAAGGGGGGAUUACUACUGUCACAUAUGUGAUUAAGAAGGAGACAAGGGAUGUCUACGCGUCGUACUUCAAGAAGUUCUGUGACUUUUGUAUCUCAAAUGAGUACCCAGACCCCGCAACGGCUCGGCAUUAUGAGUUGCCUUUGCUUCUUGUCACAUUCAUGGAAAGCGUAUCUGCAUCCGUCUCUGUAUCUAACAAAAUCGUUAAGAAGAUUCGGGCCGCAGAAGCGAACUUCUACGGCAGCUAUGAGCGCCGAAACGAAGCAGGUCCGGACAAGUGGAUAGUUAUUGCAGAUGAUCAAGGUAUCAAGUACGAACUCGGAAAUUUAUCCAAGGAUGCAUUUGUCCGGCAGUUUAUGCGUGGACUGAAGAAGCGAAAGAGUACUGAAUUGACACAUCGUUUGUGGUUUUUAACUGUGGCGGCGUUCGCUUUUUACGGCAUGUGCAGAAUAAAUGAAGUACUCAGUUUCCGGUGGAAGGAUCUCACCCUAAGCCUCACGCGACCGAGUGCUGCCGACCCUAGUGUGUCCAUUACCUAUGGCGUCUACAAGCUGGAAGGACGGAAGACAGACGUUGCAGAAGCGAAAACGGAUUACGAGUGGAGUGACAACGAUUACAUUUUCCCGGCACUGUCCAAGAUAUCGAAAAUGGGGUAA